GCGUUCACCGGUGGUGUGUGGCCGCCUCAACGCCUCUCUGUUUACUCUCUGCAUGUCCAAAAGUCAUGGAUGAACCGAGCGCUGAGCAAACAUACAGCAUUUGUUCGUCCAGUCUGUUAAAUCGGCGGAGCUCUGACAAAGAAAUCACCGCAGCUGUGGAAUAAUCUCAACAGGACAGAAGAGGAAAUACUGACAGGUCGAGUGUUCAGGUUUGGAGUCCAAACUCAAGCAAGCAUAGCUGACGACCACACUGUCAGCCUCCACAGUCUCCUGUGGCCAUCCUCUCUGAUCUGGUGUCAAAAUGGCCUCAAGACGGGGAGAUAUUCCAGCACUGGAGUCAGGCACGUCAUCUGGACUCUUCGGUGCCUUUUCGUCUCCUAUUGGAAUGACUCGGCAUAAUAUCAGCUAUGAUGAGCACAUGGAUGCCCCCAUGCAUUCACCACCCCCAGACCUAACUGUCAACAUCUUGUGGAAAGACCCUGUCAUCCCACAGCACAAGUUCAGGAACACUGCAGAGGAAGGUGAAAGUGGUGGGAAGUUUCUGACUUGUGAGCCAACAGCGCCAGCCAAGUCACCAGUGCCUGUGGUGAAAGCCAAAGCCACCUCUUUAAUGAGUUCACUUAUGAUCAAGCAAACCCAGGAGAAUCUCCAGAGGUUUGAGCACCAGGCAGGCCUGACAGACGCUGGGUAUUCUCCCCACAAGGGCCUCUCCACCGAGGAGACACGCUUUCACCGUCUGGGUGACACACUGCCAAAGUUGAGAAUGCCAAGCGGGGAGUUCAAGGAGGACAGGCUUACAACAUCAGCACAAUCCACCCCAAGUGGCACCCCUUCUGUCACCCCCUCCGUCACCCCCAGUGUCACUCCCUGCGUUAGUCCCCACUCAUCGCCGGCUGUCAGUCGCAGGAGCUGGUUCCAGCUGAGUCCUGCGCCUUUUCUUGCCACCCCAGAGCACAGUCCAAGCACAGACAUGGGAGGAAAUGAAGGGGGAGGAGGAGAGAGGUGGAACUUCUUUGGAUCUCGGUCUGUGGUACAGAAAUCCCCCACCGACCCAGGCUCUGAAACCAGCACAGGCUUUUCACUGCAGUCCUACUUUGGCCUGCAGAAGUCUUCUACCAUGGAUGGCACCAACACCCAGGUCAACCUCAAGGUGGAGGACCCUGCCAACUUCAUGCCCCCCAAGAUUGAAAUCUCGGGCAUUAAUGCCAAGCCGGCGCCCCCACGGCCACACAAACUUAAACCUCGGGAUAUGAAUGUUUUAACACCUUCAGGCUUCUGACACCAGACCAGCUGUGUCAUUACACCUCUGUACCACAUCCUCAGUAUUUUGUUUUCUCUCCAUUUGGUUGCUCAUUUGCUUCCCUGCUUUCCUCUGUCCCCUCUGCCUCCCUGAAUUCACUGAGGCUGUGAGGAAUGAGGACCACUUAUAGUAUUAGCCCACCAGCCCCAGAGACAUCGCCACACUCUUACUCCUCCCAGUGGACCUACUCAGAUGGAUAGCUAUCUUCUAUUAGUUCACACCAUCCCCAACUUAUCUCUUCCAACUCAUUGGUCCAAAUAAAAUACCAAAUGAAGUAACUUCAUUUGUCAUCCCUAAAAAUCAUAAUGCUUUUUAUUAUUGUUGUUCUGUCAUGUAAUGUGUGCAUUGGCAUUCAUUGCCUUGCUGUCCUCGUUCCAUUGUCAGUGGUAGCAUGAGAUUGAAGUCGUUGAAAUAUCUUGUCAGUCCCUUGCUUUAGUUAAUCACUUUAGCAUUGCCUCUUGUACUAAAACUGACCAGCUAUUUCAAUUCAUAAUGCUCAGUUGCCUCAUUUGUAUUAUAAUUUUUUUAUUUUAAAUAAGAUCACAGGUUUGUAGCUGUGUAGUGCUUUUCUCUGUUAGCAUGCAGAGUAUAGUGUGGUAUGACUGAUAUUGUGCCUAAACAGAGUGUUUGCUUUUGGCUUUCUUGCCAUCUAAGUUCAGCUUUUGUUUUUGUAUUAUAUGGAAGAGCGUCUUAUUUUACUUUAUUACAGUAUGACUGCUGACCUGAAGUGAUUUUUUUUAUUUUUAUUAUUUCAACAAGUAUUUUCAUAUUGCUCCAUUUUAAUUCAACUUUGUUCAUACUAAGUAGUAGGUAGUAUUUUGGGUUUAUACCAUUUUAUAUAGCAUCACAAUCUUGUUUCAGAAUGCUAUAAUAAUACAAAGCAUCUGCCAUUUUCAACUUUCAACUGAUUUUAUUUGUGUGUGUAUCUCAAUCCAAGAAUCCCUGCUGUUUUAUUUGAAAAAGUUGAUGAAUUCCAAUAAGUAAUUGCACAAGGGAGGUUGUCUCCCACUUACAUCUGUAAAUAAAUCUGAUAGGCAUAAGCAAAAA